AACCUGUCAACAACAACCACAUGUCACUCGACGGGUGUUGUUGUUUUCCGCAAUUCUAUUGGACACUAUUACUGACAUCCAGUUUGCGGGGCGGCACGCACCGCCCUCUCACGUUAACUGACAAUCGGAAAGCUCAGGAUGGGCAGUUAAGUAAUAGGAAAGAGGUAGGUUCGAGUAGGAGGCGUUAAACGCAUGGACUAUAUAGACGCGAAGCAAACGAAUAUCAGAACCUAGAAAUAACGUAAAGGCAGGCGCUGAAGAGAGGUGACGCAAUUUAGAGAAAGCAUAAAGGAACCGCUACUGCCAGAAUUUCCCGAGGGAAAGUUACAGACCGUUGUCAACGUUAAUAAAAGGGAUUCCUGGUGUUUAGGGUAAAAUAUGAAUAGAAUGAAAGAACGCGUAUUCGUUACAGCUGAUUAGAAACUACCAACGCGAUACUAUGUUUGGUUCCUGUCUUCAUUUAGUUGCCGGUAUAUUCUAAGUGAUAAACUGUUCAGGCUGCCCUUCAUAUUGUUCAUAGUCGUCCCGUUGCACCACACGCAUCUGCCUUCUGAAAGAUCAGCGUGCAUCGUGUAAAAGCGACGAAAUGUUUCCCCUGGACUCGCCGUGGAAUAUCUCGUUUGCAGGUUGCGGCUUCCUGGGCAUCUAUCACGUUGGGGUUGCGAGCUGCCUGCUGGAGCAGGCACCUUUUUUAGUGGAAAAGGCCCGGCAUAUAUACGGAGCGUCAGCCGGGGCUCUCACCGCGUCCGCCCUUGUCAGCGGGGCAUGCCUGGGGGAGGCAGGUGCAAACAUAAUCGAUGUUGCCAAAGAAGCCCGCAAACGGUUCCUGGGUCCCAUGCACCCUUCAUUCAAUCUUGUGAAAACUAUGCGGACCAUGCUGUAUCGCACACUGCCCCCAGAUUCCCACACCCUUGCCAAUGGGCGGCUGGGCAUCUCUUUGACCCGUGUGUCCGAUGGGGAGAAUGUUCUGGUUUCACAUUUCAACAGCAAAGAGGAGUUAGUGCAGGCCUGUGUGUGUAGUGCCUAUAUCCCAGUGUACUGUGGCCUCAUUCCUCCAACAUUACAGGGUGUGCGAUACGUAGAUGGAGGGAUUUCUGACAAUCUGCCUCAGUACGAGCUGAAGAAUACCAUCACAGUGUCGCCCUUCUCAGGAGAGAGUGACAUCUGCCCCAGAGACACCUCCACCAACCUGCAUGAGCUGCGCUUUACCAACACCAGUAUCCAGUUUACCCUCACCAACCUCUACAGGGUAUCAAGGGCCCUCUUCCCCCCAGACCCACAGGUAAUGAAGGCCAUGUGUAAACAGGGUUACAAGGAUGCCUUGCACUUCAUUAGAAAAAAUGGACUGCUGCAAUUUCGAGGCCCUCAACGUGCACUCAGUAACAGAGGAGAUGGAGAGGAGGAGGAGGAAGAUGAUGAGGAGGAAGAAGAGAUUGAUGAAAAGAAUGGGCACAAGGAGGGAGAGGUGGUUCACCUCAGUGACAACUACAGAGCACAGGAACACAUCUUUGAGCACCUGCCCCCGAGACUACACAGAGCUCUAGUAGAGGCCUGCAAGGAGAGGAGGAGCCUGUUUCAGUCUCUUAGCAACCUGCUGCCUGUCAGGAUGGCUUCUGCCAUAAUGCUCCCCUACACUCUGCCCCUGGAGUCAGCUAUGUCUAUUACUAUUAGACUGUUAGAGUGGCUCCCAGAUGUACAGGAAGACGUGGGCUGGAUGCGGGAACAGACAGUAAAGUUGCUGCAGUGUUUUCUGCGUCAGGCCAAGAGAAGUCUGUCUCAGCAUGUGUCUGCACGGCUUUCAUACCAGCUGGAGCUGCGGCGCACCCAGUCCCUUCCAGCACAGCCAAGUCCUGUCUGCCUGCUGCCAAACUGGGUGAGAGGGGGCAGCUCCUCCAUGCUGGAUCUCAUGCUCAGACUGGACCAGUAUCAGAGGCAGUUUUUACCUGGCCUGUUCUGUGUCAACCUGGACCUGCAUGCCUCUGUCUUCACCCAGUCCUCCCAGGGAGUAGUUGGAGCCCCCCUCAACGAGAUAGACGAGGAGGGCCUUGUAAUGUCCCCUGUAGGCCAAGUUCUUCCAAUGGCCCAGGCCUCUGUUUCAGAGGUGGCCCCUGACAGCCCCUAGGAUCAUGCUACACUUGCCAAAGACAGGCCUUUACAAAGGCAUGUGGUUUACAGAGCAAAUAACAACUGAUUGGCUAUGUCAGGCCUAAGGAAUGUUAAGUGGACCAUGACCCAACCACCUAUACUUUUCAAGUGUCCUCCAUCAAAGUGUAUCUCAAAAUAUAGACAUAUAAGGGUCAGCGAUGCUUUCAGGAGUUGUCAUACCAACAGAUGCAAAUUGUCAUGUUCCUCAAUAUGUAUGCAGAUUUCAAGAGGCUCUUUUGUCAUGUUGAAAAGAAUAGCAGAAUCAAUGCCGCAGUGUAAUCAUGAUGUCAGGAUUUCAGGAUUUCAUUUUUCUCAGAGAUCUGUGUGUUUAAAGAAAUCCUUUAUUCAGUUUUCCAAAGUAAAUGUAUAUUUACCUGCCAGUGUACCUUAUCACACUUAAGCUUCAGGUGAGUCUAGUGAAUCAGACAAAGCUGAAUGUGAAAGGGUGUGACAGGCCCAUAGAUAGACAUUCCUUUUAAGAUGCAGCCCACGUGUAUUAAGUGUAAGUGUUCAAAAUUUAUAGCGGCCACCACGCAUGUCUUGAACUGGUUGUCAUACUACUAAAGAAGUGGUAUAAAGGUGUCAGUCAGCCCAGCUGUCUGUGGUAUGAAUGGAGUAACUGGAUUAAGGUGGUGGUGUAUGACAUGUGCCCUCAGCAUAAAAUCAUGCAUUACAUAUGUAGAUAAUGUAGGCAGUUUGAGAUCUAAAAAAGUAUUUACUAAUGCAUUUGCCAUCACUUCAUCUGUUCAAAAGCAUUAUAGAGUACAUUUGAUAUUCUUUUGUGCAUCCAUGUACUGAAAAGAAUUUUAAAAUUCAAAGCAAAACAACUUUACUAGCUUACUGGCAAGCUGCCUGAUUUGCCUGCUGAAUGAACCAUUUUAUCUUGCUAGGUACAUAGCUAUUAACCAUCUAGCUGGCUGAAAAAUAAAACAAUUUUGCAGCUUGCCUGCUAGCUAGCAUGCUAGAAGAUCCUUAUUUCCUAGCUUUACAGCUAGUUAGCAAGGUAGCCACCAACAUAAAUAGCCAUGGAGUGAGUGUUAGAGGUCAACACAUAUUUUGUUUUUCUCAGUAUAUUAAACUGCCUGUAAUGUUAGUAGACAUACUGAUAGCCUAUUUUAAAAUGCUGAAACAACAGGCAGUUUAUAAAUGCACUCAAAAAUAAGGUGCCGAUAUUCAGCCAAAGGUGGUUCUGCAAAAUACAGUGUAAAAAAUACCACAGCACAGAGCUGGCUUAUUGGUGGAGAUAAGUCCCUGGUGUAAAUGGUGAACAGAGGGUCAGUCCAGCUUAUGGAAGCUGGCUUUAAGGAGGUUUUGCAAAUGUGUGAAGGCUCGAGGGACAUUCAUACAUAUAUUGUUGUCUCUGAGGGGAAUCCUCUUCAAUUUUGCUAGGCCAUGGUAGUCAUAGCAAAAAACAACACUAUAAAAAGAUUAAAGUACAAUGCCAUUUAAGCACCCGACAUAUUUUAGUUAUGGAAAAGUUCAGGGUUUUGUGUGUUUGCAGUUGCAAAAAAUUGCAUGAUUAAACCCUCUUAAUGGAAGGUACAGAGAUGAACAUAUGCACAAACACACAUUUACUGAAAUGUAGUCAAACUGACAUUUUAGACCUUAAACACCUGAGCAAUUGAGGAAGAGAGGCAACUCCACCACCAUUGUUUUGUGGGGGGAUGUGUUACACAUAUGCACAUGCUUUCCAAAGGCACUUUGAAAAUAAAUAAUCAUGCUUUAUUUUUACUCUAUAGCAUUUUUAGAUCAGAUACAUCUCAUUUCUAAACAAUAUAUUGGGAAACAGUACAUCCCUCUCCCCCCUUAUUUACUACCCAAGUGCUAUAUGUGGAAACUGUUUGAAUUUACUUUUAAAAGGCAACAGUCUAUUUUUUCAGUCUUUUUGAGUGGAUAAUACUUAAUUACCUUAAGUAAAUUGAUCAUAUUUUAAGUCAACUCAGAAAUUACACAAAUUUAAGUUUUAUUUAACAUAAGUUGCCUUUAACUUGGUUUAUGGGGCUCAUUUUUGAACAAACUCAAGACUCAAACUUGAGUCUUUGUCACUCGAUUCAUUGUUUUUUUUUUGCUGUAAGUUACAUGUAAAUUGUUGCCUUAUUUUUCACAUUAUAAAAUGAAGGCUAAUCUUCAGGCUAACUUAUGGUUUACAUUUUGUGAAAUGUACUUCUACUUCAAAAGAACUUUUUCUUCAAGAUGCA